AGAGCCGCUAAGAAUAUUGAUCGUCGGUAGAUGCAUUAGGACUGGGCGUCGCGUCACGUGCUGAUGCCAAAGCGGAGCGUGCAGAUUGCCUGCGGAAGGGGCUGUGAGAGGGAGGGGUCAGUGUCAAGUCACACCCCCUUCUAACUUCCUGUUGUUAAAUCCUCGGAUCCAGGGGCGAAGAGCCGUGACAGGGUAUUCGUCUCUCCUGCUCGCUUGAGGUGAGGACACUGAGUCUUAGCCAGGUUGUGAUUUGCCUGGGGCUACCACACAAUUGAUUUUGAAUGAUCAUCAUUUGCUGUGAAGCAAAGUGAGAGGAAAUGACAGUUACAAAACAAAAAAUGAGCAAGAACAAAGAAGAUGCUCCCCAUGAAUUGGAAAGCCAAUUCAUAUUGCGUCUACCUCCAGAACAUGCUUCCACUGUAAGAAGGGCAAUACAGUCUGGAAGUGUCAACCUGAAAGAUAAAUUGACCAUUGAAUUGCAUGCAGAUGGACGUCAUGGAAUUGUUCGGGUAGACCGUGCCCCAUUAGCUGCUAAGGUGGUUGACCUGCCCUGCGUUACUGAAUCCUUGAAAACCAUAGAUAAAAAAACUUUUUACAAAACAGCAGAUAUUUGCCAGAUGCUUGUGUGCAGUGUAGAUGGGGAUCUUUACCCACCUCCAGAAGAACCAGUUGCUACUGCUGAUCCAAAAGCAAGUAAGAAAAAAGAUAAGGACAGGGAGAGGAAAUUCAUUUGGAACCAUGGCAUCACCCUGCCUCUAAAGAAUGUCAGAAAGAGGAGGUUCCGUAAGACAGCCAAGAAGAAGUACAUUGAAUCACCAGAUGUUGAAAAAGAAGUCAAGAGGCUUCUCAGUACAGAUGCGGAAGCUGUCAGUGCCCGAUGGGAGGUGAUUGCAGAAGAUGAAACAAAGGAAGUGGACAACCAGGUUUCCUUAGCAGGCCUAGAUAUUUCCUCUCCAGGAAUGAGUGGCCAUAAGCAGGGUCAUGGCUCCUCAGAACAUGAUGAGCUUCGGGAGAUAUUUAAUGACAUUAGCAGCAGUAGUGAAGAGGAAGAUGAGAGAGAUCCUCAUGAUGAUGAAGAUAUAAAUAUCAUUGACACUGAGGAAGAUCUAGAGAGGCAGCUACAAGACAAGCUUGAUGAAUCUGAUGAACAGCGCCAAGAAAAUGAGGAAACAAAUCAGAUGGUCAUGGGUCAGAAGCAGAUUGAUUUAAUGAAAAGUAAACUCCAGGAGACCCAAGGGAGAGCAAAACGACAGGAAGACCUCAUCAUGAAAGUAGAAAAUCUGGCACUCAAGACUCGUCUUCAGGCUGUGCUGGAUGAGCUCAAACAGCAGGAAGAAGGGAGAAGCAACAGCUCAGUCCUUGCAGGACAGCUGGAAUCACUCCUGGAGAAAUAAGAGGUCCUUGCCUGCAAAUUCACUCUUAUUGGCAGAUGACUCACAUUCCAUCCUUUGAGUUGAGGAUAGUAUAGAUUGUUAAUAUGGAAAUUUAACUAUUUACAUUUCAACAUUUUUCUGUUGCUUCUGUUGUUACUCUGAGUACAUCCCAUUUUUCUUUCUGUAACACUUUAUUUUGCUAGAAACUUAUACACUAAUUAAGUAGAAGGUGAUAGGUGAGAGAAGACUGGUUAUAGAAGAGUUUGGGGAUUAAUGAACUAAAUAGUUCAGCCUCUAUAAUUCCCACAUUUAUUUCAGAGCUUUCCCUCUUAAUAUGAGAACUUAAUAUUGCUUUGUGCUAAGAACCAACUCAACUUUAAGGAGAGUUGAGGAUAGAUAUUGUAAAGCUUGUUUUGCAUACAUAUUAGUUUUUCAACUGUUCUAGGUAACUCCUCUCAUGUAGAAGAGCGAGUCUCAUAUAUAGUGGUAUAUCACUGCCACAGCAAAUAAAAGUGACUAAUACACAGCCAUUCAAAAAUGUUAUUGUUUUCUAGUGUUAAAUGUUUUUGUUUAAUUCUUUGACCCACUUUGAAUUUAUUAUAAUGGGAUUCCAAGUUAGUUCUUCAUGCUGCAACUCAGUUUUUCCAACUCAAUUAAAGAAUGGUUUGACUCCCUA